AUGUCUUUCCCAGCCCCGUCCCGCCCGCGGCGCGGCCUUAUCCUGAUAGCGGCCUUCUUCAUCAUCACGACCCUCUUCCUCGCGGCCGCUCGCCUCGCCUCCUUCGACCUCCCCUCCAUCCGCCGCCAGCAGUCAAAACCUCAACCGAAGCCCUCACCCGCGGACGCGCCCAUGUCCUACGGUGAAACCGCCCGGCCGGGCUUCACCGACCUUUCCGUCCACAUCACCACCCUCCCCGACCGCCACGUCCCCUCCCGCGCGAACCCGGGCCGCCGUCUCGUCAUCGUCGGCGACGUCCACGGCAUGCGCGCCUCUCUCGACGCCCUCCUCGCCGACCUCGCCUUCGACACCGCUCGCGGCGACCACCUCGUCCUGGCCGGCGACAUGGUCAACAAGGGCCCCGACUCCCGCGGCGUCGUCGACCUCGCCAUGCGCCUCGGCGCCUCCGCCGUCCGCGGCAACCACGAGGACCGCGUCCUCCUCGCCCACCGCAACAUGAAGAAGACCCAUGUCGCCGACGAGGACGCCCACGGCAACCCCGUCGACGGCCCCGCCGCCUCCAACGAAGACAACGACGACAAUAACGACAACGACACCGACGAUGACCUCGAGCUCCCCGUCUUCCCGCACGGCGACUCCGCCGAGCGCGCCACCGCCAAAUCCCUCUCCAAGAAGCACAUCGACUGGCUCUCCACCCUCCCCGUCAUCCUCGACGCCGGCACCAUCGAGUCCCUCGGCAACCUCGUCGUCGUCCACGCCGGCCUCGUCCCCGGCCUCGCCCUCAAGUCCCAAGACCCCUGGGCUGUCAUGAACAUGCGCGGCCUCGUCUACCCGCGCGAGGAGCUCCGCCGGCAGGAGGCCAAGAACGCCCUCGAGGAGUACCGCAAGACGCACACCGCCGCGCCGGGCAUCACCGACAACAUGAUCGAGCAGGAGCACGAGCGCCGCCGCAAGCCCGACGACCGCGUCAUCGCCGUGCCCACCGACCGCCGCGACGGCUCCAGCAGCUGGCCCAAGGCCUGGAACAAGCACCAGAAGAGCCUGCCCGAGAACGAGCCCCGCACCGCCGUCGCCUACGGCCACGACUCGAAGAAGGGCCUCAACAUCGACAAGUACACCUUCGGCCUCGACUCGGGCUGCGUCAACGGCGGCGAGCUGAGCGCGCUGGUCAUCGAGGCGACGGCGGAGGGCGUCAAGCACGAGGUGAAGAGCAUCAAGUGCAAGAAGGAGGACAAGAAGAGCAAGAAGGAGAAGAGCAGGUGA